GCGCCGAGGGGGCGGGGUCGGCGGCGGCCGCGGCUUCCAAGAUGGCGGCGGAUGCGUGAGCGCGGCGGUCGGUCCGUCGGUGAGGCCGCCGGGGCGCAGGGCCGGGCGGGAGGCGGCCCCGCCGGGCACCGCCAUGAAAGGCAAGGAGCGCUCCCCCGCCAAAGCCAAGCGGUCUCGGGGCGGAGGGGGCGGCGAGGACUCGGCCUCAUCCUCCUCCUCAACGCGAGAGCGGAGCAGCAAGAAGCCCAGCGGCUCCGGCGGCGGCUCCAACGGCGGCAAAGCGGCGGCGGCGGCUUCGAACGAUAACAACAGCGGGAGGCGGGGCCCGCACCAGGACAAGGCCGCACGGACCGAGAGCGGGGCGGCCACGGGCACGGGAGGGCGGCACGGGUACGGCGGGAAGAGCACGGAGCCGUCACGGAGCAGCAGCAGCCGCGGGGGUGAGUCCCGGACGGUUGCGGCCCAGUCGUCGUCGUCUGACAGCGGGGAGUACAAGACACUGAAGAUCAGCGAGCUGGGCUCGGCUCUGAGCGACGAGGCGGUGGAGGACGGGCUGUUCCAUGAGUUCAAACGAUUCGGAGAUGUGAGUGUUAAAAUCAGUCGCCUCCCGCCCGGUACCGGCGCUGCGGAUGAACGUGUGGCUUUCGUUAACUUCCGACGGCCUGAAGAUGCACGAGCCGCUAAACACGCCCGUGGUCGCCUCGUGCUGUACGACCGGCCGCUGAAGAUCGAGGCCGUCUACGUGGGGAGCGGCGGAGGGAGCAGCAGGAGGAGGAGCAGCCGUUCGCCGGCGCUGCUGGACAAGGAGUCACCCUACGGCACGGCAGCCGUGGGGCUGGCGGCGGCGGCGGCAGCUGUACGGCAUCCCGCAGCUGGGGCGACGCAGCGGGCUUUGUCCCCCGCCGGCAGCGGAGGGGCGUUGGGUUACCGGGACUACCGGCUGCAGCAGCUCGCUUUGGGCCGCUUGCCGCCCCCUCCCCCUUUGCCCAGGGAGUUGGAGAGGGAGAGGGACUAUGGGGGUUUUUAUGAGGCGCGAGUGCGGCCGGCCUAUGGGCUGGAAAGGGUGGCCAGCGUGGCGGCUGCUGGGGGAUUCCGUGGAGGAGGAGGGGGUGCUGGAGCUGCCAGUGAGGAGGAGAUCAGCCCUGAGGAUGACCAGAGAGCCAACCGCACGUUGUUCCUGGGCAACCUGGACAUCACCGUGAGCGAGACAGAUUUACGUCGAGCUUUUGAUCGUUUUGGGGUCAUUACUGAGGUGGACAUCAAAAGGCCGGGGCGCGGGCAGACUAGCACUUAUGGGUUUCUUAAGUUUGAGAAUCUGGACAUGGCGCAUCGAGCCAAGCUGGCCAUGUCGGGAAAGGUGCUCCUGCGUAACCCUAUCAAGAUUGGGUAUGGUAAAGCCACUCCAACUACCAGGCUCUGGGUGGGUGGCCUCGGGCCUUGGGUGCCCCUUGCCGCCUUGGCCAGGGAGUUUGACCGUUUUGGCACCAUUCGUACCAUUGAUUACCGCAAAGGUGAUUCAUGGGCCUACAUCCAGUAUGAGAGCCUGGACGCGGCGCAGGCGGCCUGCACCCACAUGCGUGGCUUUCCAUUGGGUGGGCCGGAUCGCCGCCUCCGCGUUGACUUUGCGGAUACCGAGCAUCGGUACCAGCAGCCCUACCUGCAGCCCCUGCCUUUGCCCCCUCCUGCUCAUUAUGAGCUCGUGGCGGAGGCGGCUGCUUUUGGGGCUCACCGGGGGGCCCCACCCGAUCCUCUGCGGGGUGCCCGGGACAGGACGCCACCGUUGCUCUAUAGAGACCGUGAUAGAGACCUUUAUCCCGAGACAGAGUGGGUGCCACCCCCACCCCCUGUACGGGACAGGAGUAACCGAGCAGCUGCCUACGACCCACUGGAAAGCCUAGAACGCCGUCGGGAUGGUUGGUCCUUAGAGCGGGACCGAGGGGAGCGGGAGUUGGGCAGUAGUAGGGAUCAGCCUAGGAAACGGAGGCUGGCUGAGGACGGAGGCCGGCACUUGGAUCGCUCUCCGGACAGCGAGCGCUCUUCUUCCUCUCGGAAGCGUCACUGCUUGACCACGACCACACCACCAGACCGCAGCCCUGAGCUCGUCGGGGGGAGGGAGCGUUACAGCAGCGACCCGGAGCGUUCAUCGUCUCGCUUGCUCCUCUUGGAGCGGCCCUCUCCCAUCCGGGAGUCACGGAGGGGCAGCUUGGAGAGGGGUCAGAACGAAAAGCGUGACCGAAAGAAUUCCGCUGAAAGGGAGCGGAAACAUCGCACUUCUGCUGCUGCUGCACAGGAGUGCAAAAGCCCGGCCAAAAAGGAUGAACGUGCUGCAGAGGGAGGCGGUGGAGGCUCCCGCCUCAAACCUCCACCUCAGAAACAGCAGCAGGACGGAGCAUCGCAGGCCGGGGGAGCCCCCAAGCUGUGCUUGGCGUGGCAGGGGAUGCUUCUGCUGAAGAACAGCAAUUUCCCGUCCAAUAUGCACCUGCUUCAGGGGGACCUCGGAGUUGCCAGCAGUCUCCUUGUGGAAGGAGCGACUGGUGGGAAAGUAGCUCAGCUCAAGAUCACCCAACGUCUUCGUCUGGACCAGCCCAAGUUGGAUGAGGUGAACCGCCGCAUCAAGGUGGCGGGUCCCAAUGGUUACGCCAUCCUUUUGGCUGUGCCCGGCACAUCAGACAACCGCUCCACAGCCGGGGCUGGCGAGGCCACCACCUCCACCCAGAGGCCGCUCAGGAAUCUGGUCUCUUAUCUAAAGCAAAAGCAGGCUGCUGGGGUGAUCAGCCUCCCUGUGGGGGGCAACAAAGACAAGGAGAACAGCGGGGUCCUGCACGCCUUUCCGCCCUGCGACUUCUCCCAGCAGUUCCUGGACUCCACGGCCAAGGCGUUGGCCAAAUCAGAGGACGACUAUCUGGUCAUGAUCAUCGUCCGUGGGGCAUCUUAAAAGCCCUUGUGUGCUCUGUACCCAACCCUGCCUACUCCUCCACACAGCCCCUCCAGCGUGUGCCAGGUGCUAUGGGAUACAGCCUUAGCCAGCCCAGUCAUGAUUUUAAAUUAGAUCUUUGUUUGUAGGUGACUUUCUGUGCCCAUUCUUUUUAUUUUCUGUUACCGCAUUUUUCUAUAAGGUUAGAAGCCAGAAAGGUUGGUUAGCCAUUAGAGUGAGUAGGAUGUGUUGAGAAUCCCUCAUCUGUGGGGAUAGCAGGGAGGCUUGGCCUGCUUUGACUUUAAUGACAAAAUAAAUAGAUAAAAAAGAAAAGGAAACAAACAAACAAACAACCCCCACAACAAAAGACUGGGGAAGGGGGUGGGUGGGGAUGGGGAUGGGGAGGGGGGGGAAGGGAAGAACAAACUCCCAUCUUCCUCAUUUUGAUUCGUGUGUCCUUUUUUCAUUUCAUGUAUUUUUGUUUUUUAAAGCGAGUUGGACAAACUCAUCCUUUAAAAGAGUUCUGAACCGAAAAGACCAGAUUUAAAGCACUACUAAAGGUAGUUUGAAUGGAAAAAACCACAUCCCUGCUUGAUGCAGACUGGUGUCAGCUGUUCUUUUGGGUCGUGGGAGUUCUGUGAUGGCCUCAGUCAGGCCCACAUCAUCCCUUUCCUCAGGAGCCUGAAGUGUUUCCCUUUGAGUCCUAUGGCUCGAGGUUGACGUCCUCCAGGUGACCAGCACCUGCCCUUGGGUACACUGCAGAAAAUGAGUUCCUUUCUAUUGGGUGUUUGAUUCAUCCAGCCCCACAGAAUGCAUGCACUGAAAGUAUGCUUUUAUUUUUGGGUUGGUUUAUUUUUUGUUGUUAAAAAACCAGGUGUAUUUCUCCUAUUUCGGUUCUGUUGUAUCCCAUAUAAUGCACUUUGGGUUUGUAGCAGUGACAAUGUUUGGUAAAUAGCUGAGGACUUUGUUACAAACCAUGAAUGUCUCGUGCUUAACUCUGGUAUGCAGGAAACAAGGAGGUGCUUUAAGAAUCUAUUGUGGUUGGUUUUGUUUUUACUGCCUUGAUCCAAGAGUUGCAGGUACAGUGGGGUCUGCUUCCACGGUGCGAACUCUGAGCGAGCGUGCUUCUCUCCAGAGAUGGUUUUAAUUCUGUAAUAAUUUAAUUACCUUAAAGUUCUCAUUAUCUUUUAUACCUCUUUGUUAAUAGCAAGGAACUGCUGUCUGCUAGGGACUUUUCAGGUACAGUACAGCGGGCAUUACAUGAGGUUUAUCAUUCAAUAGGCAUCCGGAGGAAGGUGUUAUUAGCACCUCCGGGUUGCUGAGAUGGGAGGAAACAGUUUGCCUUGGUUUUCCAAAGAACUUUGCUCAUUUUCUCAUUCAUUUUCCCUUCGUUGGGCACUUUCCUCCAGCUGUCACACCUUGUUAAUGCAGCAUCUAUAAGAGGGCGGGAAGGCAUCCAAAUCCCCAUUGUUUUAUUUAACAGCUGGAAGGAUUUUGUCUCUGGCUUCUAAGCUGAAGGGUGACUCUGUAUGAAUAUACAGGCCCUAAAAUGUAAUCUUGCACUUAAAACCAGAAUGUAGCCUUGCACUUAGCCACAUCUUCAGAGACAGGCAAUGUAAAUGCAGCACUGCUUCUCUCAGUUGUCUUCCAUUGGGUUCUUUGGGUGAUUGGUGCGGGUUGAUCAACUUACACCACACAAAAAACCCCAAUUCCAAGCGUGGGGUUGGGUUGCCAGUAAGAUAUAUGAAGGAUGAGAUGCAUUGAAUGUAUUGUAUGAACACAGCAGCUGUCAAUGUGACAUUGUGUGCUCCAGAUCCGCUCUCACAGAGGUGCGUUUCUGUAGGGCUAUGGAACAGCUUUCAGAGCGUGUUGGAUUUCCCCUUUGUGACCUGAAGGAGCAGUGCUGCAUCCCAAGCAUCGCUGGGAACUGAGAACUCAGAUGUGGCAGCUUAUCUUGGAAGCAAAGUUUGGUUUUAGAGACAUUUUUUCCUUUCUAAAAGCCUCAUUUAAUGCUCUUAAGUGUUUGAGGGCGAAACCCGGGCUUCCCGGAUUCGUGUCCUUCAAUGUGAAUGUAAUAGAUGGCAGAAAUCAGCUGUUCAUCUUCCUAUUAACAACGAGAAUUCCUCAGAGUGACACCAAUGAUGCAGAUAACGGUGCGUUAGAGACGAUAUGGCAUAUUUACCACUUCCUGCACAGAAUGUCUGUUUUAAUUCUCACGGGUGGCUGUUGUGUGUCGGCGUGCAAUCAAAGCUGCUGCUGCCUUGCUUGAAGUGCAUUUGGGGUGAGUUUUCCCAUAGAUCUGAACCAGGGGAUGCAGAGUUUGAAGGGAAAGAAACACUGAGCUGCUGGGAAUCCCAAUCUGCCCAACACCCAAUAGAAGCACUGAUGUUACUACAUCCGACGCUGACACUUGCUAAGCACGUUGGUUGUUCAUGUUGACACCCAGCAGCCACCCGUGGUUGUUUUAAAGCCUGUAAAACUUGGGGUCAACACAGCUUGUCCACACGUCAGAGCAAACAGGAUGACUUUUGGGAAGAGCAUCCUGGUUGCACUUCCCUUUCUCCUUGUUCAAUAGCAGUGGUCGUGCUUUUAUGGGUCGAAGCUGCGCCAGGGAAUGGGACAGGCUGUGUUUGACUCCAGGUUUUCUUAUGGAACGGAGUACCUGCUUCUUUAAAUCUGGUUUAUUUGUGGUUGCUGCUCUGUUUUGUAAGCAAGGAUUUUAACACCCUUUGAGGGUAAUUAAUGUCCAAACCUAACUGACUGGCAACGGUUGUUUUGCCAGCACUUGGUCGCGUGCUGCCAUCGAGUCUGGCGCAGCGUUAGCUGUGCUUUCCCUUGGGCCCCAAAGCCUGCACCAUUGGAGUAACUGUCCUCUGAAAGUCAUCUUGGCCAGGGCUGACCGCGUGUAGAAGUCCGUAUGUGAUCCCACUUCUGUCUAGAGCAGAACAGAUGUAGCAGACUUCAGCUCUCUAAUCAUAUUUGGCAUUAUGUUGCUCAAGCAGGAGCUCAGUAUUUCUUCUAAUGUCGUGUGCAGCCAGUGUUCCUCUAUUUCACGAGCUAGCUUGUUGAAUUACUGUGGAAAAAGGAUGUCCUUUUCCUGAAUCAUUUUGUAUAGCCGUGCUUUAUGCUUUGGGGAAAGAACCUCAAAUGACUCAUACCUUUGUUUAAGAUUUUUAGUAGGUUUUGUCUUUUAAUUGGAAACUUGACGCAACUUCCUUGGCUGCUGGCCAGUGGCUUUGUUUGCUCCAGCCUGGUGCUCGGUCUGCUGCUGCCUGUUACCAUCAGCUCUGCGGGUGGAGGCUUCUGGGUUACAAGUCCCGGAGGAUCCUUGCAAGCAUCGCAGAGGGAGAAGGGAUUUACGUGCCAGGCAAACCUCAGCCUUCUCCAUUGAAGUGUGUGGAUGUUGAAGGAAUGAUUCGGUGACCGCUUGCUCAGCCUCUACAGGGGGGCACAGAGGAGAGUUUGGGAUCUUCUUGCAUUGCUGCAGAGCCAUCGAGCUGAUGGUAACCGAGGUGAAAGGCCUUAAGUAUUAACGUGGAGGGGAGGAGUGAAUGAAAAUUGUGAAGACAGGUUUCGAAACUCUGAGGACUCAGGGAAAAUAGGCUUGGAAAUACUUAGUUCCGGGCUUUAUGUAAACAGCGGUGAGGGCAGUGCUCCUGUGGAGCCUCUUGCACGCCUGUUGAACAGAAACAAGAGCGGAGAAAAUUGCUGCCAUGCAUAAUACAGAGUUUUUGGGGUUCUUUCCCCCCUUGUCUGCCCAUUUUUUCUAUGGACUUCCUGCAGAUUGUGCUUGAAGGACAGGUAUUCCAAUGAGUUACAACCCGAAUGCCGGGAUGGUUUUUUUGCGUUAUUAAGCUGUUAUUCAGAGAAUGGUUAACCAAAUCCACACCUGCAGUUUUGGUUGCGACGGGUGGUGAAACACAACUUGAAUAGCAUCGACUUCCAAUCCUAAUUGGGUGCGUUUUUGCUUUGCCCUCUUCUUUAAUGUUAGAAUGGGAGGGCUGAGAGCAGGAGGGAGCCUUGUAUGCACUACCUGUCAUCCUGCUGUCGUUACGUUGCCUUUGGGAGGUGUCCGUUGAGGAAAGCCAACACCACAGGCACCACUUGGGGUUGGUUUUUCUCACGGCUGAUCCUUGUGAUUUAUCCUGAUAGCUGUUAAUGGAUGCGACCAUUGAUACUGUAAACCCGGUUUAACCUCGGUCCGAAACCAAACCCUGCGCUGCUCGUUGUGCUCCUAUACAUGGAAGGUGACUUCACUCAAGGUUUUCAUGCCCCUGGGUGGCGUUGGUGCUCUUUGAAGUCCGGGUAGACCAUUCAGCAAGGCUUUAUCAUCCCAUAUGAUGUAAGGAGGGGGAAAUCUAUUGUAUGCAUUGAUAUGGAAUAACGUUUUCUUUCCUCCUGCAAGCAAAGCUGGGCGGACUGCAGAGGACAACCACGUGGGAUAGCGAGCUCUAAUGGACCUUUGGGAAGAGAAGCUGUGGCUUGUGUGGAAUAUCCAUGGGCCCAUUCAUGACGGAAGAAAGCUUAUCUGUUUAGUAUUUGUGCAUUUUGACUAAAAAAUGGCAGCUUUAAAAAAAAAAAUAAGAAAAAAAAAAUAAGUUGUGUAUCUGCUAUUGUGAUGCCAAUGGCCGUGUUUUAAAAGUGGAUAAAAAAUGACCUCUUUGCUUUGUGCUGUGUACACAAGAUUGCUGGAUAAAAAAAGUAAAGGAAUACCCUUUUUAUGGCUCACACAGCUUCCCGUAGCUGUCACUCAAACACGCGCUCACAGUUUGAGCUGAUUUUGUUUCAUUCUAAAUAAAUUUGUUUCUUUGGAGGAAAAAAAACACAAAACACACUGGUUUUUCUGCCUGGGAGUGAAUUGACGACAACCGUUUGACCCCCCCUUUGUUUGCAGCUGAGGGGUUCUUUGCUGCUGUUGCUGCUCGGUGGCUGAGCCGACGCUCGCGGCUCUUGUGCAAAGAAGGAGGGAGAAUGGAGCUUUUGCAUUGACCGCCGUGUUUUACCUGCUUGGAAGAACCCAGCAUCGCCCUUUGGUUGGGGUUCGCUCGCUGCUUUUACUCCUCAUCCAUACGAGGAAGCGGUGCUGAUGCUGGCAUACAAGAAGCAGCAGGGAAGCAGAUCCCUGCAGCACAACGAUGUCCGAAGCCGGGGCUUCGAAGAGCUGGAUUUGCUGAAUGUUAACGGUUCCGAUCGGUUUCGUUUCACCUCGCUUGUUUUGGCCUUUUAGUUUCCAUUUUGAUUUUCAUUUCUUAUUUUUUUUUUUCUUUAUUCCUUUUUAUUUCUUAAGUUGCACGUAAAACCUUUGCAGCCAAACCAAAAAAACCACCCACCCAGAAACGAGGCGUUAUAAUGUUAUUAGAUGCCGUUAAUAAAAGCCACACGUUGAGCCACCA